UGCGGCGUCCUAGGGCGAGGCGGUGACGUGAGCUCCGCGCACCUGGGCCCGGCAGGUAAGGGCCGGUGCGGGACGGAGAGCGGAGCUCGAAGAGUCUACCUGCGCAAACCCAGGUAUUGCUUGCUGACCGGUCAAGGAGUGCUGGGGACUUAGUUCGGGGGACGACCGCUUCUUGUAGCAGGAUUGAGAAAAGAGUCUUUGGGUGGUCCAGAGAAAAGGAAGCUGACCUGAGGUCCAGCUCUUCAGAACCCCGUGGAGACACUGCCUGCUCAUCUCUAUCAUGGCCCUCCACCCCCGCAGAGUUCGGCUGAAGCCCUGGCUGGUGGCCCAGGUGGAUAGUGGCCUGUACCCUGGGCUCAUCUGGCUACACAGGGACUCCAAGCGCUUCCAGAUUCCCUGGAAACAUGCCACCCGGCAUAGCCCCCAACAAGAGGAGGAAAAUACCAUUUUCAAGGCCUGGGCUGUGGAGACUGGGAAGUACCAGGAAGGAGUGGAUGACCCUGACCCAGCUAAAUGGAAGGCCCAGCUCCGCUGUGCUCUCAACAAGAGCAGGGAAUUCAACCUGAUGUAUGAUGGCACCAAGGAAGUGCCCAUGAACCCAGUGAAGAUAUAUCAAGUGUGUGACAUCCCCCAGCCUCAGGGGUCAAUCAUUAACCCAGGAUCCACUGGAUCUGCUCCUUGGGAUGAGAAGGAUAAUGAUGUAGAUGAAGAAGAGGAGGAAGAUGAGCUUGACCAGUCACAGCACCAUGUUCCCAUCCAGGACACCUUCCCCUUCCUGAACAUCAAUGGUUCUCCCAUGGCACCAGCCAGUGUGGGCAACUGCAGUGUGGGUAACUGCAGCCCUGAAGCAGUGUGGCCUAAAACUGAACCUCUGGAAAUGGAAGUACCCCAGGCACCCAUACAGCCUUUCUAUAGCUCUCCAGAGCUGUGGAUCAGCUCUCUCCCAAUGACUGACCUGGACAUCAAGUUUCAGUACCGUGGGAAGGAAUAUGGGCAGACCAUGACGGUGAGCAACCCCCAGGGCUGCCGGCUCUUCUAUGGGGACCUGGGUCCCAUGCCUGACCAAGAGGAGCUCUUCGGUCCCGUCAGCCUGGAGCAGGUCAAGUUCCCAGGUCCAGAGCACAUCACCAAUGAGAAGCAGAAGCUGUUCACCAGUAAACUGCUAGAUGUCAUGGACAGAGGACUGAUCCUAGAGGUCAGCGGUCAUGCCAUUUAUGCCAUCAGGCUGUGCCAGUGCAAGGUGUACUGGUCUGGGCCAUGUGCCCCAUCACCUGUUGCCCCCAACCUGAUUGAGAGACAAAAGAAGGUCAAACUAUUCUGUCUGGAAACAUUCCUUAGUGAUCUCAUUGCCCACCAGAAAGGACAGAUAGAGAAGCAGCCGCCAUUUGAGAUCUAUUUAUGCUUUGGGGAAGAAUGGCCAGAUGGGAAGCCCCUGGAAAGGAAACUCAUCUUGGUUCAGGUCAUUCCAGUGGUAGCUCGGAUGAUCUACGAGAUGUUUUCUGGUGAUUUUACACGGUCCUUUGACAGUGGCAGUGUCCGCCUGCAGAUCUCAACUCCAGACAUCAAAGAUAACAUCGUUGCUCAGCUGAAACAGCUGUACCGCAUCCUCCAAACCCAGGAAAGCUGGCAGCCCAUGCAGCCUACCCCCAGCAUGCAACUACCCACUGCCCUGCCAGCCCAGUAAUCAUGAAUGACAUCUUUUUUUUUUUUUACAGUAUUGUACAUAUGGAUAUUUUUUAUUCAGAUUUAACCAGCUCUUAAGCCUCUCCUUUCUUACGAUCUUACAAUGGUCUCCAACUCUCCACAUAUGCUUGACUUUAAAGUUGAUUUAAUUUAUGGAAAAAUCACCCUUCAUAUCCCCCCUUUCUUUUUUAAACCUCCCCAUGUUAGUGUAAUGUAGUAGGAGAUUUGACCUGGGAGUUUGGACACCAGCCUUCUAGCUGCACCUCUGCUUCAGUGGUAUGACCUUGAACUACCAAGUUAUUUAACCUUUAGGCUUCAGAUUCAUUACUGUAAAGUGAGGGGGUGGAACAAUGCCUGAAACAAUGCCAGCUUUAAAACUCUGGCCUGAUGACUUCAUUCUACUUGUACAAGGCAAAAAAGCUGCCUGGAACAGAACCCUUCUGCAUUGUUCUAGCACUAUUUUUUUUCCUUUUAUUAAAGUUCCCUCAAGCACUGAUUUGUCCAAGAUUGAUCACCGUUUGACCUGUUCUGCUAGUAUAGUAAGCUUGGCUCCCUGACGGGGUAAGAGAGAGGGAGGGGAACUGGCUAGUUGCUUAGGAACCAAGCUUGAUAUCUAAAUAGAAAUAUGUGCCAAAGUCUGAAAGUCACCUGGUCUGUGGAGUAAAGCCUCAUAAACUGAGCUUCUAAAGGGAAUCUGUCAACAGAAGGCCUAGGGAUUGUGCAGAAUUGGUUGUCUGGUAUCUACCUUGCCACCACUCAAAUAACACUGUGGUGGGGGGGGGGUGCGGGGGCGGGUGUAGAUAAGAGUAUAUGACUCAGUGGUACUCUUCAGAAAAGAUAGAGCUCUUUUUCCUUUUUUUCUUUGAGGAAGACCUGGGAGUGCACUGGGCCAUGUAGGACAAACUCGUGACUACAACAGGGACACUUCGUUCUUGUUUGGCAACUUUUACAAUUUUACUACCCUUUGGAUUUUUUGCUGUUGGAAAAAUGGGGUAUUCAGUUUUAAGGCCAAAGUGAAGGAGGACUAGGCUGUGCUCUUCUGCAAAAGGCUCACCUGGCCCAAACCUGCUUGUCUCCCUUCUUGUGGAGGUGGCUGGGCAUGAAGGACUCAGGUGAAGAAUGGUAUAGAACACUGCAACUAUGGCUGCCACAGACUGGUCUUAUCUGUUAACUUUGGCUCCAUCCCUGACCUCUCUGUCCUACCCCCCAACCUUUUUUUUUUUUUUUUUAAAGACAAGCAUAAUUGAAACUCUAAAACCUAAAUGGAGAACAAGAUGUUAAAUCUCUGGUUGCAGGCCCCUAAUCCUCUUGAAUACUGAUGCCUAUCCAUGCCAGGCCAUAAUGAGAAAACCCCUGUCUAGUGUGCUGCACUUAAACCAGGCCAUCCCCCAUUUGCUACUGAAGUUGAGCUAGCUGAAAAGUCAGGCAGCUUCAAAAGCCUUAGGCUCAAUUCAGUCACAGGUGGCAGUGGGACUUAUUUAGAAUGCUAAAGCUGUGGUUUUAGGGUCUCUAAGGGACCUAGUGGGAUCUGCUGUUACUAAAGUAUGACCAAGAGAAAUCUGGGUAAAUGUCAGGUGUUGAUCUGUGAGCAGAAGUUGGGCUUCUAGAAACUAGAAAACAUGCAAGGUAUAGAACCUUUAUAUUUUUUGAUCAUUUUGUUGAGUGGGUGACGUGAAGGAUUUGGUCUUUGUGUCUGGCUGCCUCUGUCUAUACCUGCCCAGCUCAAAGUUAAAAAGAACCCACUGUAGAUAAACUGGGAGGGCAACUGCUAGAUCUGGGUAGUGCUUUUCCCUUAUUCUUGGAGAGGCUAAUAGCCAGUCUGUCCAUCUGGCUGGGGGUCCAGAUAAUAUGAGCUGGCAGUGUUGAAAAUUGUGUUUUGAAGGGCCAAGAAGGAUCAAACUUCCAGUAUGUGACUGUAAUAAAAAAAUCCAAACAUGUCAGAGGAAUGGAUGAGUGGUUCUAUGUGGUCUUCAUGAGACAGCCUGGUUUCUUCCAUGUUUUCUAUUGUUUUUACGAUGCUGGGAGAGUGCAGUGCUGUCCACUGAUCUCCCUCAGUUCUCCUUCUCUGGUCCGGAUGGAUUGAUAGAUACGAGGUGUAUCUUUCUUGGGAGAGUCUUUAUCUCCUUUAGUGGCGACACACUCUUGAUGUGUUCUACUUCCUUGUGUCCACGUUGCUCAAGAGUGGAAAGGGAAUUAGAUGGUGUCACCAGCUCUUCUUUUUGUUCACUGUCCACCCCACCAAACCAGGUUAGCUCAAAGUUCAAAACCAAACACAACACAACACUAUAGGUAAAUUGGGGGAGCAAGUGUUGGAUCUGGGCUGUUCCUUCCCUAUAUAAUUAGGUAUCUGGUUUUAUGUUCCCAUAUCAUCCUAUACUUCCUUUUGCAGAAUAAUCUGUUCCCUGGUAAUUGCUCAGCAUUUGUGUCCUGCUCGAUUACAAAAUUGCUGAAAGUAGGGACUGUUUGUCUUGGACUUUGUUGCCAGUGCCUGGUACAUAGUAUGUUCUCAAAUAUAACAUCCUUGAACAACACAAGUUUGAACUACAUAGGCCCAUUUAUACUCAGAUUGUUUUUUGAUAUAGUAGAGUACUAUAAACGUAUUUUCUCAUAUAUUUUUUUAGCAUUUUUUCCUCUAGCUUUAUUGUAAGAAUACAGUAUAUAAUACAUGUUGCUAUAAUAAAAAUAUGUGCUAAUUGCUUAUAUUAUCAGAAAGCCUUCUGGUCAAUAGUAGGCUAUUCGUAAAGUUUUGGGGGAGUCAAAAGUUAUACACAGAGUAUCUCCUGUGUACAGCACCCCCUAAAACCUGGGUUGUUCAAGGGUCAACUGUAUUUGUUGUUAGAAUAAAUGAAUGAACUAAGGAAGCCUUUUCAUCUUACAGAUUUAUUGCUAAACCACCAUGGAAAAUAAAAUAAAUAUGGCGAAGGAAAAAAUCCUCAAA